CCCGGCCUCCAUGGCUGUGUUUAAAGUCCACCUCUGGGGAACACAGACUGACUGUUCCGAUAAGGCCAGGCACGGGGCUGUGUGUGUUUCCCCAGGCUUCCUGGGACCCUGGCUGGGGUCGGGGGGGGACGAGAGUAGCGUCCUACUUGUGUGCAGGAUGAAGCUGCCCUGCGGCUUCUUCCUCCUGUGGUUUGGCCUGGUGGGCAGCCUAGCUGAGAGCGACCCCAGCCUCAAGGGAGAGGAGUCUUUUUCGGACUGGGGCCUGCGGCACCUGCGGGGCAGCUUCGAGUCGGUCAACAGCUAUGUUGAUUCCUUCAUGGAGCUGCUGGGAGGGAAGAAUGGAGUCUGUCAGUACCGGUGCCGAUAUGGUUCCACAUUAGAGAUCAUAGAGUCUGAGUUUUUCUGAUUUAUUCCACCCAGCGAAAUGAUUUCCAGUUCCAGAAAGACGGGAUUCCCUCUUGAAGGAAAGGCGCCGAUGCCCAGACCAGGCUACAAACCCCAGGAGCCCAAUGGCUGCGGUUCCUAUUUCCUGGGUAUCAAGGUACCAGGAAGUAUGGACUUGGGCAUUCCAGCCAUGACCAAGUGCUGCAACCAGCUGGAUGUCUGCUAUGACACCUGCGGUGCCAACAAGUACCGCUGUGAUGCAAAAUUCCGAUGGUGUCUCCACUCCAUCUGCUCUGACCUCAAGCGGAGCCUCGGCUUUGUCUCCAACGUGGAAGCAGCCUGUGAUUCUCUGGCUGACACCGUGUUCAACACCGUGUGGACCCUGGGCUGCCGACCCUUUAUGAACAGUCAGCGGGCAGCCUGUAUCUGUGCGGAGGAGGAGAAAGAAGAGCUAUGAAGACUAGAUUCUUCCAGGCUCUGAGUGACUCCUCAGCUCCGUUUCAGGGACAGUGGUGUGACGGAAGCCCCGCUCUUUCUACCUUUGGAGACUGCGAAUUGGAGAAUUGGAGAAGGGAGACUUGCGGCACGCCUUGUCCUUUGAGGAAGGUUAAGGAAAAGAGAUGCAGAGGCUGAAGACUGUCCACUCCAACACUGGUCUCCCAGACAAGACACGCGUGCUUGGAAAUUCAGUUCUUAGAACAGCAAGCAGAUCCUGAUAUUCACAAACGAAAUCUGGGUGAGCCCAAACAUUUGGGAGACAAGGACUCUGGCCCCUGUUCGGUUGCCAGUCAGCACCUCACAUUUAAUAAAGUGUACUUUUUAGAAAACUUGAA